GUACUGGGAGCAAAUGGUGAGGUCAGAAGGAGGAACCGUGUCGCUCCUUCAAGGAAUGAAUCGGACGCGCUUCCUCGCGUGUCUGAUUGACAGGGCUCCUCGGGAAAAACAGCAUAUAAAGGAGGCGGCUGCUGCCCGAGCAGUGGGAAGCGUCCACCACGGCGCUCUGCAGCCCGGGUUCUCCUCCACGCUGGGGAAGCCGUGUCCUUCUGGUCCUGCUCAGAAACCCUGAAGUCAGUCAGCUCCCCAGCCUGGUGGCCUGCCAGGAGGUGCGACAGGAGGCAGGAUGCUCUGGGGGCUGGCCCUGCUGGCCCUGUGGGCGUGGCCGGGCACAAACGCUGUCGACCAAGAUGAGGAGGACUCUUCCUUCGACCUCUUCAGCGUCAGCAACAUAAACCGGAAGACCAUCGGUGCCAAGCAGUUCCGCGGGCCUGACCCUGGGGUGCCCGCCUACCGCUUUGUCCGCUUUGACUAUAUCCCCCCGGUGAACAGCGAGGACCUGGGCAGGAUCCUCAGGGCCAUGCGGCAGAAGGAGGGCUUCUUCCUCACCGCCCAGUUGAAGCAGGACCGCAAGUCCCGCGGCACGCUGCUGGCCCUGGAGGGCCCCGGCGCCUCCCAGAGGCAAUUCGAGAUCGUCUCCAACGGCCCAGCGGACACCCUGGACCUCACCUACUGGGCCGAGGGCACCCCGCACCCGGUCUCCCUGGAGGACGUGGGCCUGGCCGACUCGCAGUGGAAGAACGUCACUGUGCAGGUGGCCGGCGAGACCUACAGCCUGUACGUGGGCUGCGACCUCAUCGACAGCUUCACCCUGGACGAGCCCUUCUACGAGCAGCUGACGGCAGAGAGGAGCCGGAUGUAUGUGGCCAAAGGCGCUGCCCGGGAGAGUCACUUCAGGGGUCUGCUGCAGAAUGUGCACCUGGUGUUUGAGAACUCUGUGGAGGACCUUCUAAGCAAGAAAGGCUGCCAGCAAGGACCGGGAGUCGAGAUCAACGCCAUCAGCGAGCACACGGAGACACUGCACCUGAGCCCUCACGUCACCACGGAGCUGGUGGGCCAGGGUGUGGAGAAGAGGCCGGAGGUGUGUCAUCACUCCUGCGAGGAGCUGGGCAGCAUGAUCAGCGAGCUCUCGGGGCUGCACGUCAUGGUCAACCAGCUCAGCGAGAACCUGAGGAAAGUGUCCAGUGACAACCAGUUCCUGCUAGAACUCCUUGGCGGCCCUCCUAAGACGCGGAAUGUGACGGCCUGCUGGCAGGAUGGCCGGUUCUUUGCUGAAAAUGAAACCUGGGUGGUGGACAGCUGUACAUCCUGCACCUGCAAGAAGUUCAAAGUCGUCUGCCACCAGAUCUCCUGCCCGCCAGCCACCUGCGCCAGCCCAGCCUUUGUGGAGGGCGAGUGCUGUCCCUCCUGCUCCCUCUCGAUGGACGGUGCGGAGGGCUGGUCUCCGUGGGCGGAGUGGACUGAGUGUUCCGUCACGUGUGGCUCUGGAACCCAGCAGAGAGGCCGGUCGUGCGAUGUCACCAGCAACAGCUGCCUGGGCCCCUCCAUCCAGACGCGGGCCUGCAGCCUGGGCAAGUGCGACACCCGCAUCCGGCAGAAUGGCGGCUGGAGCCACUGGUCACCCUGGUCCUCCUGCUCUGUCACCUGUGGGGUUGGCAACAUCACACGCAUCCGUCUGUGCAACUCCCCAGUCCCCCAGAUGGGUGGCAAGAACUGCAAAGGCAGCGGGCGGGAGACCAAAGCCUGCCAGCGCGACCCGUGCCCAGUCGAUGGCCGCUGGAGCCCCUGGUCCCCCUGGUCAACAUGCACGGUCAGCUGUGCAGGAGGGAUCCGCGAGCGCUCGCGAGUCUGCAACAGCCCCGAGCCCCAGUAUGGAGGGAAGGACUGUGUCGGGGACGUGAAGGAGCACCAGAUGUGCAACAAGAGGAGCUGCCCCAUAGAUGGGUGCUUGUCCAACCCCUGCUUUCCCGGAGCCCAGUGCAACAGCUUCCCCGAUGGCUCCUGGUCCUGCGGCUCCUGUCCAGUGGGCUUCCUGGGCAAUGGCAGCCACUGCGAGGACCUGGACGAGUGCGCCGUGGUCACCGACAUCUGCUUCUCCACCAACAAAGUUUCCCGCUGCAUCAACACCCAGCCCGGCUUCCACUGCCUGCCCUGUCCCCCGCGCUACAAGGGGAGCCAGCCCUUUGGGGUGGGUCUGGAGGCAGCCAGGACAGAAAAGCAGGAGUGUGAGCCGGAAAACCCCUGCAAGGAGAAGACGCACAACUGCCACAAGCACGCAGACUGCAUCUACCUGGGCCACUUCAGCGACCCCAUGUUCAAGUGCGAGUGCCAGACGGGCUACGCGGGUGACGGGCUCAUCUGUGGGGAGGACUCGGACCUGGACGGCUGGCCCAACAGCAACCUGGUCUGCGCCACCAACGCCACCUACCACUGCCUCAAGGACAACUGUCCCCAGCUGCCUAACUCUGGGCAGGAGGAUUUUGACAAGGACGGAAUUGGAGAUGCCUGCGAUGAGGACGAUGACAAUGACGGUGUGAGCGAUGAGAAGGACAAUUGCCAGCUUCUCUUCAAUCCCCGGCAGUCUGACUAUGACAAGGAUGAGGUUGGGGACCGCUGUGACAACUGCCCUUAUGUGCACAACUCAGCACAGAUUGACACAGACAGCAACGGAGAGGGGGAUGCCUGCUCCGUAGACAUCGAUGGGGACGACGUCUUCAACGAGCGAGACAACUGUCCCUAUGUCUACAACACCGACCAGAGAGACACAGACGGGGACGGAGUGGGCGAUCACUGUGACAACUGCCCCCUGAUGCACAACCCCGACCAGACGGACCUGGACAACGACCUGGUGGGAGACGAGUGCGACAACAACGAGGACAUCGACGACGACGGCCACCAGAACAACCAGGACAACUGCCCCUAUGUCUCCAACGCCAGCCAGGCCGACCACGACGGCGACGGCCGGGGCGACGCCUGCGACUCCGACGACGACAACGACGGCGUCCCCGACGACAGGGACAACUGCCGGCUGGUGUCCAACCCGGGGCAGGAGGACGCCGACGGUGACGGGCGAGGUGAUAUCUGUAAAGACGAUUUUGACAAUGACAACGUCCCUGACAUCGAUGACGUGUGUCCUGAAAACAACGCCAUCAGCGAGACCGACUUCAGGAACUUCCAGAUGGUCCCCUUGGACCCCAAGGGGACCACCCAGAUCGACCCCAACUGGGUCAUCCGUCACCAAGGAAAGGAGCUGGUCCAGACAGCCAACUCGGACCCCGGCAUUGCUGUAGGCUUCGAUGAGUUUGGGUCGGUGGACUUCAGCGGCACGUUCUACGUCAACACCGACCGGGAUGACGACUACGCGGGCUUCGUCUUUGGCUACCAGUCGAGCAGCCGCUUCUACGUGGUGAUGUGGAAGCAAGUCACCCAGACCUACUGGGAGGACCAGCCCAGCCGGGCGUACGGCUACUCCGGGGUGUCCCUCAAGGUGGUCAACUCCACCACAGGCACCGGCGAGCACCUGCGAAAUGCCCUGUGGCACACAGGCAACACGGAGGGGCAGGUACGCACCCUGUGGCACGACCCCAAAAACAUUGGCUGGAAAGACUACACUGCAUACCGGUGGCACCUGGUUCACAGGCCGAAGACGGGCUACAUGAGAGUCCUAGUGCAUGAAGGGAAACAGGUCAUGGCAGACUCGGGACCAAUCUAUGACCAAACCUAUGCCGGGGGACGCCUAGGGCUGUUUGUGUUCUCUCAAGAGAUGGUCUACUUCUCCGACCUCAAGUACGAGUGCAAAGAUGCCUAGAUGACGACGACAAGACUUGCCACAUUUCCAGCAACGUUCUGCAAAUGCUGUUUCCUGGACACUUGGUCCAUCCUGGCACCUGCAGCUUCUCUCUCUUUAGCAGCAUUUCCUGUUCUUCUACCCUAACUCUGGUCCAUUCUUCACCUCGCGCAUCAACCCCAAGUCCAUGUGCCACUGAGGACAGACAUUGACGGAACCCAGAGAGGAACACCUGACCCAGUGCGGGCGCGUGGCAGGAGCGUUGAGACUCCACGUGGAGUGGAGCUUGAGCAUGACUGCAUUGUCUUUUCUUGUUUGUUUAAAAAGAAUGACGUUUACAUUUGAGAUGCACUUACUGUAUUUAUGUGUGUAUGGAGGUGAAGGGGAUCCUGUGCAUAAGUCAGUAACAUAAAUUAAGCAUGAAAAGUACUUCUCAACCACGUCCAGUGCUAGCGUUGUUGCUGUCCUUGGGUUAGUGCUGUCCACUGACACACCAACCCCUGAAGUCCAUCAGAGGGAGGGUCAGGUAGGUACGUGGGCUGGUCCAGUGAGGAAGAGUCAGCAGAUGCUCGUCACAUGAGCUUCAGCUGGCAUCCAUGAUGCAAGGUGCUGAGCACCCAAAAUAUGGAAAACCAUUCCAAAAGCAGACAGGUACCUUCCUGGCCCACAGUGGAUGGCCUCACACUUGGUGGGACACCAAGAGGGACUGUCCCUGAGAAACGGGCUUUCCAUGGCUCCAGCUGGGGCCUGGUAGAGUCUCCUUAGGGCAGAAGUUCAGCAGAGCCAGUGCCUCUGCGCAGCUGCUAGUCCUGCUAGGCAGCAUGCGAAGUGCCCGGCCAGCAUGACCGGUGCUGUUCUCUGCACUGGGUUGCUGCUUGGCUUCUGCCUGGUCCCUGCUACUGGGGAGAAGCCAAGCAGGCGAGCCAGUCAGCACGUGCACUUGGGUGCCCGACUCAAGUUCUAGGUUUUGGAAACUGGGAGAGUUGCUUUUAUCCAACUCUGUAACACAUUUUGUUAAGGUUCCAGCUGUAAGUGUUUUGCCAAUAUUUAUUAAGUGAAUAAAAAAUGCACUCCAGCCACCAAUAACUUAUUUCAAACAUUUUGAGUAACAUGUAUGUAGCAUAAUUUCAAGAAAUAAACAUGUAACAGGAUGUAAUAAUAUAAAGACACACUUGCAGCCAAAUACCUGCUGUCUAAAUUUGAGGCUUUGUACUGUAAUUCUGCAUGUUAAGGCCUGGUGUGAGAUGCCGGGUGAACAGGAAGGAAGCCUGAAGGGCCAGGGCCUUAACAUACACUGCUUCCAGUGGUUUUCAAGUCAACAUUUUUUACUGUUGCCUGCCUGUUGUACAUAGAAUUUUUAAAAAUUUGAAUGCUGAAGAAAAUUCAGCGGGGGUCUUGCCAGACACGCCCAGUCAUCAGUCACACAGCAAUGGACCCAACUCGACUUCUGGCUGUGAGCUGCAAUUCCCCUGCAGGAAUUGGCUUUGCCCACCCCCCGGUGAGUGGAGAGCUCAUCUGUCUGCCUGGCACGGGGCAGGGUCUCCCUUUCUGUCCAUGUGGUUGUGUUUCUGUGUCUAAUAGAGGAACCCAUCACUCUUGUCUCAACUAACACGCUUCAUGUUGAUACCACUUCAUUUGCUGCUUCCUUCGAGCUGAUCACCCUGUUUGCUGCACUUCCGCUUGUGUGGACGUGUGUUCCUAAGAUCGGCAAGGGCUGGGAGACAUCAUUAAAUGUGAUGCUGUGCAGAGCGUGUGUGGGCUUCUCUUGGGGCUGGUUGGGUGGCGAGAGGGUGUGGAGAGGAGGAUGUGAAUACCCAGAAUGUACCAUAUGAUAUUGUAAAUUAUUUAUGUCUUUUUUAAAAAAAAAGAAAAAAAAAAACCUUUUCAUCUAGGUUAAUGAACUAUUUGUUUUGCAAAAGACUGUAAAUAUUUAUUUAUUUGUUCA